GUUCUUCUCACCUUUCUCUCUUUAGUUUAAGGAAAUUCUGUCAGAGUUGUUGCUCCGUGGCUCUCUGUUCCAACGGAACGAAUUUACGUGCACGCAAUACAGUAACACACAAGAGAGAGAGAUAGAGAGAGAGAGAGAGAGAGAGAAGGAGCUGAGAAUGGCGCCGGAGCGGCCGAGAGUGAUGACCGGCAGGAGAGUAUUGAAGUCGUUGCAAGGAGUGGCGGCUCAUGGAUUGCUGUUUUCCUUUACUCUGCUUCUCGUUCUCAAGCUCGAUCGAGCUUUUCCCUACUCUUGGUGGGCUGUUUUUAUCCCUCUUUGGUUAUUUCAUGUGGUUGUAGCAAGGGGUCGAUUCUCCUUACCUGCUCCAUCAAUGCCCCAUGGUCGAAAUUGGGCACCUUAUCAUGCUAUCAUGGCAACACCGUUGCUUGUUGCUUUUGAACUACUUCUCUGUAUAUAUCUUGACAGCAGAUAUGCUGUAAAUUUGAAGAUUGUAUUCUUUCCCUUGCUAAUGUUUGAAUCUGCCAUUUUGGUUGAUAAUGUUAGAAUGUGUAGGGCUUUAAUGCCUGGAGAUGAUGAAAACCUGACUGAUGAGGCCAUAUGGGAAACCCUUCCCCAUUUUUGGGUUGCAAUAUCCAUGGUCUUCCUCAUUGCAGCAACGGCAUUCACUCUUCUGAAGCUGUGUGGUGAUGUAGUUGCUCUUGGCUGGUGGGACUUAUUUAUUAACUAUGGGGUGGCUCAAUGUUUUGCCUUUCUUAUCUGCACAAAAUGGUAUAAUCCUGCGAUUCAUAGGCAUUCUCAUAUUCGAACGCCCAGUUCAUCUUCAACAAGUGCAGGAUAUUCUAACCGGGGUAGCGGCUUGCUGGUAUCUCCAGACGAAGAAUUUGAACAGAGUGGAAUUUGCAGUUUGCAGGACAUCGGUGGGCAUAUUAUGAAAGUUCUCCUUGUUGGUUUUCAAAUAAUGCUUUUUAUGCGAUUAGCGGAAACUCCACCUAGUGCUAGAUAUAUCCCAAUUCCGGUUCUCUUUGCUCCUCUUUUUCUGCUCCAAGGAGUAGCAGUUGUGUUUGCUAUCUUUAGAUUUCUGGAGAAAAUUGCGUCCCUACUAUAUACUGAAGGUGGUAACAGAAACUAUUUUAGGGUUCCUCCAAUCAUUCAUGGUUCUUUAGGGUUCAUGCAUCGUGGAUCAAGGUUAUUAGGUUGGUGGUCAAUAGAUGAAGGGAGUCGCGAGGAGCAAGCCCGUCUUUAUCAAGCCCAGACACCUGGGUAUAAUACUUUUUCACCUGAUAUUGUAAAGAAAAUGCCCAAAUCCGAUCUUGUAGAGGAGAUAUGGAGACUGCAAGCUGCACUUUCGGAGCAAACCGAGGCAUCCGAGAUAAACCAGGAGGAAUUUGAGAAGCUUCAAAAUGAAAAGGUACUAUGCAAAAUUUGCUUUGAAAAACAGAUAAACGUUGUCCUGCUUCCUUGUAGGCAUCACAUUCUUUGCAGUACCUGUUGCGAGAAGUGCAAAAGGUGCCCCAUAUGCCGUGUGUACAUCGAAGAGCGCCUGCCUGUAUAUGAUGUGUAGCUAACUCUCGUAAGCGAGGAACACGGUUUCAUCCAAGCCCGGGUUUCUUCGUUGCAACUUAAAGCGGAGCAGUACUGACGCGAUGGGUGACUGCAGUUUUAUUUGGUCAGGUCACCACAGGUACAUUGUAAUGCGGACAAAUCAUUGUGUAUACUAUUGUUGUAUGUUAUAUUAGAAUAGUUUGAUUAUCUUGUGUGAAGAACUGUAUAUAAACAAUGUGCAAGGCAAUUGCAUUCAGAAAGAAAGCUGAUGUUUGUAUGACAAUGUCUGUAACUAUAUAUACACUUGAAUCAUUUCUCUACUUCUGAAACAUCUCAAAACAUA